AUGGCCUUCCAAUCAACCCCCAACCCCCUUCCGCCAACAAUAAUCCACCCCUCAGAAUCUAAAACCCACCGCAUCUCCCCCUCCGCCGCCCACGAAUUCCUAACCGCCUACCUAAACCGCGCAACCACAGAUCCCAGCCUCCAACCAAACUCCAUCCUAACCGCCCACGGCCCCACAUCCGCCUGCACAGGCUCAGCGCCCAAUCUGAUCAUACACAAUCUCAAGCGUGUGCAGGCGGGAUUGGCAGGGGAGGUGUUGGGGAGGGAUUUAACAUUUGCGAAGCCGGAGGAUGGGGGGCCAGUUUUGUCAAUGUCGGAGAUGAUGGAGGGGGAUGGGGAGGACUGGAGUGGGAAGGGGAAGGUGGUGAAUGAUGGGUGGCAGGAUUUGGAAAGUUGGGAGAGGGAGCAGGAGGUUGUGGAUGCUGGAGAUGGGGAUGGGGAUGGGGAUGGGGAUGUUGAGGAGGGGGAUCGGGUGCCAGUGGGGAUGCGGAUGGAUGUUGAUGCGGGUGAUGGGGUGGUGGGAGGUGGGGAGGUUGGGAUUGAUAAGGAGGAGCGGAAGAGGAGGAAAAAGGAGAGGCGGAAGGCGGAGAAGAAGGUCAAGUCUAAGACUGCGGCUGCGACAUGA